CCUGUCUGUACCAGGGUGUGUAUCACGAUGGAGAAAGAAGAGAUCCUUACGAUUCUGUCGUCCACAGAGUCCGACUCAAUAUCUGCCCUCCAAAACCAAGCAAAAGACUUGAUCUCAUCUGCCACCGUCGACAAUCUACCCACCACCCUCCUCGACCUACUCACACAAAUCAUCAAACCGCUCUUCACCAGCACAAAACACCCCAGCCUGACCUCCACAGGUCGGAAGAAUCUCGUCCCCGGCCCACCAUCUUUCGGUCCAAGCUACGCAUCUUUUGACGAGGAUCAGGCUCAAACCCCAUGGAAAACACCAUUCACCGUGCCGCUGCUCAAAUACAUCUUAACCGCCUACUCCGCUCUACCAGAGCACAAGCGCAAGCUAACGAUCGAAGCACAUUUCCACCUCCUGAUCCCGCCGAUCCUGAAUAUGAUCGACGACUCCGACACGCGGUACAAAGCUUCGGGAUGCAAGCUUCUUCGGCUCCUCUGCGAACUAUUGAGCGCCGUGCAAAGCGACAUGCUCAAACGCACAGGCUUGGGGGACGUGUUUGUCGACGCGCUCAAAGCGAAUUUCAACUUGCUACCGACAUUGACGCCCGAGGAGGAGAGUCUAGCGCUAUUCCGGACAUUGUAUCCUGCUUACCUCGCCAUCGUGGAUGCUUGGUACCCCACCGAUCAAUCUAAUGGAGCUGACAGCAAGAAAAGAGACAGCUUACUGACGGCGCUAUAUCGGCACGGCAUCGUGGCGUCGAUCGAACACCUGUCGUCGGCGGGAUCAUUUUCAUCCACGAUAUCGGUCGGCCUGACAACGUUCCUGCUCACUCAGAUACCACCGGUGUUCGAGCGCAUGGGACUAUCCAGUGUACGACAUUUACAGGGGCUCCUCCCGAUGCUUAGGACCGGGUUGAUGGAUCCAUUUAUCCUGGUUGCGCCGGAGAUGGUAUUCGCUGUGCUGGAUGUGGUGGGAAGUGUGAUCCGGGUUGGGGCGCCGAGGGUGAAGGAGAGAUGGUACCCGGAGAUUCUGAGGGGCCUGGUGGGCUGUUGGUGUAACUGCUCCGAUGAACUUGAAAGUGAUUCCAAGAUGAAAACGGGCGCGGACGAGGUGAUGAAGAGGCUGAAAAGCUCGGUGAGCAUGUUAAGGGAUGUGGUAGACAAGAAGGAGUGGAAGGAUGUCACGGAGCGCUUGGAACAAGAGGAGGCGGCCUUGACAGAGCUUUUUGACUGAAUAAGGACAAUGCGAUGAAGACGCAAGAACGAGAUUCCCUUCCGUGCCGAGCAUAUCAUUUCGCAUCGAACGCUGCAAAUACACCAACAACGCGCGAUGCAGCAAGGAAAAGUCGAUUCUAUCAGGGUAUCAUACCGCCACAAAACGCAAACCCGCAUCAUUCACAGAGCGUCUACAUCAUCGCCAACGACAGGCCUCUGCUUGAACAGGCUCUUCCCCUUCAACCACUUUCUGUACGCCUUGUACCUCUUCUUCUCGCCAUCUUCAUGCAGAACCGUCAACGGAUUUUCCACGGCUCCGCUGGCAAGAUACUCGGUGUAUUCGUCGAGACUGGCCUCGGCGCGUUCGUCCAUGGUCAAACUCACGGCGCCGCGCUCGUCGUCGUAGUGGCGCAAGACCGUAUGCUCAGCUGGGUCCGAGGUUGUUUUCGACAGAUACUCCAAGAACUCGAGCGGCGCAGAAGAGUAGUCGAUGUCCGAAGACACGACGAGCGGAAUAUUCGACGGGUGUGUCACGUAGCGUUGGUACUCGCCUGCUUGGCGGGCCUGUGGAUCGAGCGAUCUCGUGACGAGAGACGCGAACGAUUGCAAUGCGAGUUCGGCUUUCGUCGGCUGGAGAAGCGAGCUGUUUGUCAGGUCGCUUGUCGUCGCAGUGGGGAGUUUAGGGAUCUUCGGUACGGAUGGAGACUGGACUUCGAAGGACGGCUCUUUGAUGAUGCCCGUGUACUGCCGUCGUUGGAGAGUGUUGUGUAAUUGUUGCUGUGCGUCGAGCCACGGUCCAAGAGUAUUGGGUUUGGGCGCCGGGGUUGGCUCGAGGGCUGAAUGAGGUACAGUGGAUGCAAUGGAAUCUGUCCCCACCGUGGACGCCGCGUCAUCUGACGGUGCGACGAUCUUGACGCCCUUGCGUGCUGUAUGUUUGCCAUGACCCUCGCCAUCGCUUUCGUUGGCUGUGCGUACUUUGAACGGCGAGAAGUCGUAUUUGCCCGACGCUGUCGAGCUGAUCGGAAUGUAUCGCAGAUUUGAAUGCAUUUUGAAUGAG